AUGUCAGCAGAUUUAAUAAUCAACCGAAAAUUCGAGAAUCUACAUCAGGAACUAGAUUGCUUAAGAGGACGUGAAGUUAAUCCUUCUAUUGAUAUCGAUCUUCCUACUUAUGCAGUCGAUUACGCGAUUAUUAGCGCAAUAAAACGCGACUCGGCAUCAUAUUUGUCGGAUUAUUUACGAAAACACUCGUCAAUUAUUUGCAGGUUCUUCUACCAGGAGACCGGCGUGCCACAAAAACCAGCGAGAAAGAUUAUUACCAUCUGUCCUCUCCUUUAUUAUGCCCUUCGCAACAAUGCCCUCGAAUGCAUCCGAACUUUAAUGCAGCGUGGAGCUUCGGCUUUUCAACCUUCCUAUGUUAUCGAAUGGACAGUUACACGAGAUGGUGACUCGAAAAUUGAAAUUGUGGAAAAAAAGACUAUUGCGUGGCUAGCGGAGCUCUUUCUGGGCAACGAAAUAGUAUACUCUGCAAAAGUUUUAGCCCACUUUAAAAAAUCCAAUGUGGAUUUCGUGAAACCACUAGAGACUCGAGUACAAAAACUUAAUCUGAAGAAUCCAAGUCCUACAAAAAAAAUUCAGUAUAAUGAUGUUUGGCAUUGUAUUGAGAAGACUGUCGAGAAAAUUUGUCCACUAGAAGACCUUCCUUAUCGUAAAGGGAUUAUAAAGAAACUCCGUUCAAGCUUUGCCAUGGAUACUUUAGAUGAUAUCAUUAAGAAGCGUGACAUUGUAGAAAAGAAGAAAGUUACAAAAGAACAGCACGAAAAGGCACAAGAGGUUUAG